AUUAGAUAUACCGUACAAUUAGUUGUAGUUUGGUUACCCAUUACAAUUGUUACCCAUUUGCUACCCAUUUGUUACCCAUUUGUUACCCAUAACAUUGUUACCUACGGUAAUGUUGCUUGUCGGUGUAAUCGCAAUAUUAGCACUCUUCUAUUACUUCCAGGACACGAUACAGAAAUGGUUGUACUGCCAGAAAUUCCGGCACAUUCCCGGACCACCUCCGGACAGCUUCUUUAACGGCCACCAGCUCACUCUAAUGGCAGCUAAGAAAGCUAACAAAUUCCUGGACUGUUUCCUGACCUGGAGGGGUAUUUACGGUGAUACUUUUCAGUUUAGGAUUAAAACCAGGCCGGUUAUAUUCACAGUUGACCCGGAGAUCUUGAAGCUGAUAUCUCAGGAUGUGGUGAGUUUCACCAAGGUGGAUCACCUACCUAACCGGGCAUUGUUCGGACAGAGAAUAACUGGAACGUACAGUAUCCUGACAGGAGGUGGCCAGGAGUGGGCUGUAAAACGGAGGAUCAUGAGCUCCUUUUUUGCUAAACAGAACAUGAACGUGGUGUUUGACAGGUUGACUCCACUCAUGUCCCGACUGUUGGAGACAAAGUUAAAACCUAGAGCCUGCGCUGGGAACGUCCUGGAUAUCCACGAGAUAUUCACCAUUAUAUUCUCAGCUCUGCCGGGAGUCCUAGGGAUGGAAUGUGAGAUGGGUGUGGAUUCUCCGGAGGAGAUAGGGCGCCGUAUUAACAUAUUCCUGGACGUUAUCCCCAGCCAGCUAGGUAAUCUGAAGAAGGUAUUUGGAGCUCACGUAUCGACCAAGAAGCAGGAGACUAUUGACAUGGUGGUGGAGAUGAGGAUGAUGGGGAAGAAGAUGGUGGACGAGAAAAGGAAGGACAUGGAGUCCUGGGACUCUAACCCUGAGGACGAUCUGUUGGCUUGGCUGAUCAGUGCUAACGAUGCAGCAGGGCUGGGUGAUGAGGAGGUGAUAGAUGAUAUCCUGACGGUGUACCUGGUGAUGGAUAACAUGUCCAAACAGCUCGGAUCUCUCUUUAUCUACCUGAUUAACUACAGGGAAGUGUUUGAAAAGAUGGUGAAGGAGCUGAGAGCUAACCCUAUCACAGACUACAAAUCCCUCAACAAGCUGCACUACACGGAGAUGGUGUUGCUGGAGUCUCUGCGACUAGCACCGGUCUUACUGAGAGGAACAAGGUGGCUGAACAAGUCAAUCCAGGCAGGGAAAUACUGGAUACCAGGGGAUUGCCAGUUUCAGUAUAGUCAGUACGUUCUCCACCGGAUCGAGGAGUACUGGCCUAAUCCCAGGGAGUUUAUCCCAGAGAGGUUUGAAAAGGGCAUCCCAAAUGUGGACUCCUUUACAUUCUUCCCCUUCCUUGCGGGACCACGAGCGUGUCUGGGAAAACAUGUGGCAAUGAUCGCAAUGAAGAUGACGUUAUCAAUGCUGGUAAACAACUAUGAUCUGUCCCCGGUCCCUACUGAAACAGUUCCAGUUAUAGUUCAGACAAUGGCAGUUACACGCCUGAAAGGGGGUCCUAUGUACAAGUUCGAUCCUCUUUAUAGGGUUAAAGAAUCUGCUCCUCAAGUUAUAAAUGAAUACUGAUCUUGUUUGUAUCAUGCCAAAUGUCAUGUGAUCGGAGAACUGCAGACAGGGGUUUUACCAAGAGUAAUUUAAAUUUUGAUCAUGCAACUUAGGGUUCGAAUAUGAGCUGUUGAAUAUAAUUCUUGAAGGAGCAACUUAUCCUGUAGCGUCGUUUCUGAGUUUAUUAUCGUACCAUGGAUCUACUUGGGACAUGGUUCCUAAGGGGUGUGAGCCUUGGUAAAUCUAAAAUAAUAAAUAGACUUUCGGACUUGAAGUAAAACACUUUUUUCAACAUCAACAAGAGUAAGACGAUGAAAACUAAAGAUUGUGACAAAAUCAGAAGUCUAUAAAUCAUAAGUAGUUUACAAUAAGAUACCUUCACAAUAAUAAAUGGCAAAAUGUAAAACACUUACACGCAGCAUAUUAAAAACAAAUCAGUACAGUAAUUUUUAAUAAUUGUUGUUAUUUGAACAAAAAUCUACUUCUGUAAUUGCAGGGUCUAUCUCUUUAUCACACAACCAAAUAUAUUUCCAUUCGAACUAAAUUAUAAAUUCAUCGGUUUAAAACCGUUAAAAAAAGUAGAUGUAUGUAACAAAACUGCACCAUCUGUAAUCUACAGGACAAAGUGAGAUUAAC